AUGGAUGAAGCAGAUAAUGUUUUUAAUGAUUCUCAAACUAAGAUAACAAUGACAAUGAAAACGCCUCUGUCGGCUAUAGCUGAGGCGUUUGAGGAGCUGUCGGAGUUCUUGCGGUGUCAUAUGAAGGAUGAAGAACUUCGCUUGGAUACAUUCUGUGACGCAUGCUCAUUAGUUUCUGUUCUUUUUAGCUGCCUCGGCCUCGCCUUCAAAUUCGCCGAGAUGGAGUACGUCGCCAAGGUACAUGAUCUUGUGGAAGCAUCAAAGAGAUUUGCCACUUUAGAAAAUGUACUUGACCUAGAUGUUGCUAAUGGCACAGUGAAAAAACCAGGAAGCCAUUCGCGUAAUCUGCGUCGAGUUAGACAGGGUCUUGACCUCAUCCGGGCUUUAUUUGAAGAAUUUUUGUCAUCUGAGGAUUACUCUUUGAGGGACGCAGCUUCAACAGCUUAUGCUCAAGUUUGUGCACCAUACCACACAUGGGCUAUCAGGACUGCUGUUUCUGCUGGAAUGUAUACUCUUCCAACACGGGAACAACUUUUGCUGAAGCUCAAUGAAACGGAUCAGACGGCAGAGAAGAAAAUGAGAAGGUAUAUCGAAGCUUCACGCCCAGUAAUAGAGUACAUCGAUAAGCUUUAUAUUUCUAGGAAUAUCACCUUGGACUGGUGACUUACAUCAACUGGCCAGCUUCAGAGAAAGGCACGGAUCUUUUAUCAAGCAGCAAUGAAAUCCUUUAUGCAUCUCAUUGUUCUAGCUAGUUGCCACUUGCCAAAGUGGAAUGAAUUCUUUGCACCUGCUACAUGGAAGCAUCUUACAUUUUACAGCAACAAUCGACGACACAAUCCUAGGUUUCAAUGUUCAUUCUGCUUUUUCUAUUGAAGUAGUCACACUAUUUCAGUUUUGUUGCGAUUGCUGUCUGAGUAUUUUCGCGAACAAAAGCAGAAGUUGUAAUCAAUAUUGUUUAUUCAUAUAAGAAAAGAAAGCUCAAAUUAUUUGUAGAUAAACUUUGGCUUUAAAGUAUUUGCUAAUGUGAAUAUGUGAUCACUUGGAAACACUAUUUGGGUUUAAAUUCUUCUUC